AUGGACAUUACGCCCGCAUUCAACCAGGUGCUAGCAAAGCAUGAUGCGCGUCCUAUUAAGCCUCACGUGUUUCGGGUCGAAGCCUUGGAUGACUUUGUGAAAGAAGCAUAUCGUAUUCGCACGCACAUUGCAAAACUGCACACAGACCUUAGGUACAUACGGCAGAGCUAUCUCUCUACUGCACCGCCUCCCCGCCGGAAAAAGUACACAACAAGUACCUCGUCCACGUCGGCCGACCAUGAUUCAGCAUACCUCACCGACGCGCAACGUAACGAAAUCGACGCCCAAGCAAAGCUAUCGAUAAACCAGUUGAAUGAUGCUAUCAAGCGACUUGGAAUCGCCGAACAGGCACGACAGGCGACAGAGAAGCAACUUGCGCUGAAGAAGCGGGCGAAACAAGGGCUGGGUGCCUUGGGACGGUGGGCAGCAGGCGGGGCAAUCACAGCGAAGAGUGUCGAGGAGGAGAUUGAAGAGACCAAGGCGAAUACUAUCAAAGCGCAUCGGGAGAGCAUAAUAUGGUCGUUGCAGAACCAGCUCGAGCAAUGUGGCCGCUUCCAGAGCGCCAUGAUGGAGAUCAGGCUCAUGCGCGAGGUUGAAAAGAGCAAAAGUGUUCUGUAUAAGACGAGAACUACAGGACCAGGAGCAGCCGAUUACAGCGGUAUGAACGGUGGCAGUAGUGUCGGAGGCGAGUCUGCAGAUUAUCGGGCCAAGUCGACAUACACACAGGACGAGUCGAGCGCGGUGAUUGAGAACCAGCUCGACCCAGAGCAACUCCAGCUAUUUGCGCAGGAAAACCAGGACAUGCUCAAGCAGUACGAGGACCAACUCGACAAAGUCCGCCAAACCGAGAAGUCGCUCACAGAGAUUGCCGAACUGCAAUCAACUCUCGCAACCAACCUCAGCAUACAGGCUGCCCACAUUGAUCAGCUAGUCGAGGACUCACUCAAUACGACGGAGAAUGUCGGAAGCGGAAACAAGGAGCUCAAGCGGGCGACGGAGAGAGGCAGUACAGCGCAAAAGGUCUUCUGGGCCACGACUGUCUUCUGUGGCACUCUCAUUUUGUGGGAUUUGUUUAUUUAG